ACCAGGCCACGCAGGACUCCGAGUGAGAGUGAAGGUGGAGGAGUGAGCAGAGGAAGUAAGGAAGACGAGGCGAAGGACGCGAAGGCAGAGAGAGAGAGAGAGAGAGAGAUAGGGAGAGAGGGAGACGUGUUCGUCGGGGCAGGCGGAGCGGAGUGAAUUUGGAACUCCGCGAGUGGAAAAUAGUGCGCACCAUGGCAGCAGCUAUGGCGACCACGAAGAUUCUCACGGGAGCGGUGUGCAGCAGCUCGUCUCUAGUUUCGGGCGAUGUUCUUGGAAGUUCGUCGUGCUCGUCGCAAUUCGCCGGCGGGCACCUGUUGAGGUUGCACACGAGGAGUACGUUUAAGAGCGUAGGGAAGUUGGGGGUUCAGAGUCGGUUGCAGAGGGAUUCGGUGGUGAAUGCCUCCUCGUCUUUGGGUUUUGGAGAUGGUUUGAUUGGUGCUUUUGGUGGUCCUCUGGGAGGCGCCAUGGCCACGCAGGCCCCCGCCAUGGCUUCGAGAUCUGCCGAGGCCGAUGUGAUGGGUUUGCUCUUGCGACAACGGAUUGUUUUCCUCGGUCAUCAGAUGGAUGAUUUUGUCGCCGACUCUAUCGUCAGCCAGCUUCUUUUGUUGGACGCUGUCGAUCCCACCAAGGACAUUCGGCUCUUCGUCAAUUGCCCCGGUGGUUCUAUUAGUGCCGCCAUGGCCAUCUACGAUUCUAUUCAGCUGUGCAGGGCGAAUGUCUCAACUAUUGUCUUUGGUCUCGCUGCGUCGACAGCAGCUAUCGUGGUCGCGGGGGGCUCCAAGGGUAAGCGGUUUGCCAUGCCGAAUGCACGUAUCAUGAUGCAUCAACCAUUGGGAGGUGCCAGCGGCCAGGCUAUAGAUGUAGAAAUCCAAGCUAAAGAAAUUAUGUACCACAAGACCAACGUCACGCGGAUCAUAUCUGAGAUCACAGGAAGGUCGACGGAACAGGUCGCGAAAGACAUAGACAGAGACAGGUACAUGUCUCCAGUUGAGGCGAUGGAGUACGGCUUAUUAGACGGCGUUAUUGAUCAAGAUACGAUUAUGCCUUUGGCUCCUAACGUUGAGAGGGUGAAGAGUAGGUCGGAGAAUCUCGCUGCCAUGGAAGAUCCCCUGAAGUUCUUAAACCCCGAGAUAUCUGACGAUGAGAUUUACUAAAGAGGACGUUGUACAUUUUUAACAUUCUAGUGGAAGUCUUGUAAACAAGAUACGUUAAAAGAAAAUUUUGAAUUUUGCACAUUCACAGAAAUCUCUCGACAACAUCUUGUCGCCUGUGCUUACCGGCGGG